AUGAGUUCAAUUAUUCAUGAGUUGUACAGAGCCAAGAUGCAGAUAAUCAUGCCUCCACGAAGAGCAGUCAGAGGUCGUCCUGCUGGACGCAAUGUUGAUGAACAAGAGUUACCUAAUGCACCUGAAGUCCAACCGCAAGGAGAAGUCACUAAUGCUGAGUUCCGUGAGGCUAUCUGGAUGUUGAGCCAAGCGAUGACUAACCAGUUCAACCAACUAUCCCGUUAUGCUUCAAAAAUAGUUGCGGACAUGAGGAAUAGAAUGAACUUGUUUGUUACUGGGUUAUCUCGUCUGUCGAGUAAGGAAGGAAGGGCUGCAAUGCUUAUCGAGGACAUGGAAAUAUCAAGGUUAAUGGUUUAUGUGCAGCAAGUGGAGGAAGAGAAACUGAGGGACAUGGAAGAAUUCAGAAACAAGAAAGCUAAGACAGGAAAUGAGUCUGAGCAACAGAAAGGUAGUGGAAAUCAGGGUAAUAAGGCCCAAUCUUCAUCAGUUGCUCCCCCAGGCAGAGUUUCACCUAGAGGAGCUACUUCAGGUACGGGCGGAGGAACAAACCGUCUCUAUGCGAUCAUGAGUCGCCAAGAGCAGGAGAACUCUCCAGAUGUCACUGACACCAGUAACCAGAAUCAGCAUCCAGCGCCUCGUUGA